UUAGUUAUGUAAAUUCUCCUCUCGUCAGUUUGUGGUUGAAUUUCAGAGCGGCUGGAAUCAUGUCAUUCGAGUACAUUGAGAUUGACGAUCCCACCUUUUUGGCUACCAAUAAGGAACGUGCAGAGGAGGAUUACCUUUUAGUAAGGGCUAAAACUGCCAGCGAUGUCCCCAUUGAGAAGUGGGACCCUCCAGCGUACUGUUUUACGACAAGAUUUUCUCGAUACGAGGAAGAACUGCUGAACAUGAAAGUGAAGUCUGAUGAUAUCUGGGUCGCUUCGUAUCCUAAAAGUGGCACCACGUGGAGUCAAGAGAUGGUCUGGCUCAUAUGUAAUGAUCUAGAUUUUGAUCGGGCCAAGUCGGAAUCGCUGAGGACUCGAUUUCCUUUCCUGGACGUUAGCUUGAUUCACGAUCUACCAAAUGAUGAAUCAUCUUUCGAAAGAGUUCGAAACAUGCCGUCACCACGAUUCAUCAAAACGCAUCUGCCAGUUUCGAUGCUGCCAAGUCAAUACUGGAAGGUUCGUCCAAAAACGGUCUACAUUAGCAGGAAUGUUAAAUCCGUUGCAGUGUCGUACUACCAUCAUUCGAAAAACUACUUUUAUCGUGGAACGAAGGAGGAGUUCAUAAGAUCCUUCAUGCAAGAUUUGGAGUUCUAUUCGCCGAUUCAUAGUCACGUGAUCGGGUAUCAUUCACUUGAAAAUUGCAGCAAUAUUUUGUACUUGAGCUACGAAGAAAUGAAGAGAAAUUUGAGAGGUACCAUCGUGAAGGUUUGCGAAUUUUUCGGAAGAUCUUACAGUGACGAGCAGAUCGACCAGUUGUGUGAACACCUUUCGUUCGAUUCCAUGCGGGUCAACAAGGCCUGCAACUACGAGGACAAGGACGACCAAGAUGAUGGUGCACCAAGCGGUGAAAAGGCUCCAGACGAUCGAUUUAUACGGCGAGGUCAGCUUGAUGGAUGGAGGGAUGAGCUUUCGCCGGAGUUGAUCGAAGAACUUGACAAGUGGACUCGCCGAGUUGUUCAAGAUGAAGAGCACUUGAAGUUGUUUCUGUAGAUAAAGCACGUUGAAAUGCAUAUUUAAUUUGGACUGAAUAAAACAGUAAAUUUUC